UGGUGGUGGAUGAGCCCCGCCCAUCUUUUAGAAAGCACAUGCAUGAGAGCAGAGCUAUGCUGUCGCUGAACGUCUGCAGAUCCAGUCUCCUACUCCUCGCAGGCAGAACACGAGCCUCUAGGAUGGCGCUGCACUCCAGCUCUGUCUCACAGAAUAGGGCCACUGGCAAGAAACCUGUGAAUGCGGCAGGAGAAGAGGUGUACUAUGAACAAAGAGGCUCAGGGGCUCACCCAAUCCUCUGCAUAUCUGGAGCUCUGGGAACAGCCAACAGUGACUUCUUCCCUCAACUAGAAUAUUUUGGCAGAGAAGAAAGCUCCUACACAAUUGUCGGCUAUGAUCCAAUGGGCUACGGUAACUCAAGACCGCCCGAGAGAAAUUUCGAAUCGAAAACAGAGAUAUUUUUCGAGAGAGAUGCGUCUGAUGGCCAUUCGCUAAUGCAAGCACUUUCUUUCCCCAAGUUUUCUGUGCUGGGUUGGAGUGAUGGAGGGAUUGCCGCCAUGAUUCUAGCGGCUAGAUUCCCUGAGGCCGUCCAGAAGCUGGUCGUCUGGGGAGCCAAUUCUUACAUCUCCGAUGAAGACAUAUCCCUUUUCGAGAACACAAGGGACGUAAAGAAGUGGAGUGCACGCAUGAGAGAGCCUAUGGAGGCAAUGUACGGUGUGACAUACUUCCCGAAACUGUGGUCCGACUGGCUCGAUGCGAUGAUAGCUAUCAAACUUAAAACUCCAGAUGGUGAUUUGUGUAAGAAAGACCUUCCGAAGAUAAAAUGUCCAACUCUGGUGGUGCAUGGAGCCAAGGACGCUAUGGUGCCCCAGUUCCACCCAGACUAUAUCCAUGGCAACAUUGCAGAAAGCCGAUUGGUUGUCAUGCCCGAUGGUAAACACAAUCUCCAUUGGAAGUAUGCAAAAGAAUUCAAUGAACUUGUAGACAAUUUUUUGAGCGAAUAAUAAUAAUUAUUUUCUGUUGUAUUCAAAAUUAUAAAUUGUUGCUGACAAUUCAGGAAAAGAAAAGUCUACAUAAA